UACUGAGUGAGCUGUGAUUGGUCACAGCUUGUCACAUGGUACAAGGCUGUUAUUUCACAAGUGACAUCUUGCUUACUACUCUGCAUGUGAUCACUGAUUGGCCAAUCAGUGAUCACAUGAUCAGGACCUCGUACAGAGGUCUGUCCGACGAUUGGUGUUCCACUGUGUCUGGAGGACACAGCGGGCACCGGAUCGUGGUGCUGAACGCUCACUGGGAACACGCACAAGCAGGGUGCAGGGAGGCCAUUUAUAAACAGCCACCCGACCCUGCACUGCCACCAUUCGGCCGUUUAUAUACAACGGCCGGAUGAGAGGUGGUUAA